AUGGAAUUGAUAUUGAUCUGCAUUUUCGGUUCUCGGCCAGACGGCGGAACGCGACUGCGACUGACGGGAAAACCACAGGACGAUCGACAUACAUACACAAGACGAUCGACAUACAUACACGCAUUGAAAAUGGGCUGUAAUACAAGUACGUUGCAAGACCCUGGACAGGAGCUUGAUCCAUUUUUACAAAGCAAGCACGCCAACGAUUUGAUCGAGGGCCAACUACAGGCUGGAGGGAAGGCUGCACAACAAGAAGUCAAGUUGUUGUUGCUGGGUGCCGGUGAGAGUGGUAAAUCGACGGUAUUGAAGCAAUUGAGGUUAUUGCAUCAUGGCGGGUUUUCGCAUCAAGAGAGAAGACAGUAUGCCCAAGUGUUGUGGGCAGACACCGUACAAUCCAUGAGAGUGUUGAUAGUGCAAGCAAGAAAGCUGGGGAUCUCGUUAGAAUGCGACGAUCCGGGGAACUCCGAAUUGUGCCAUGCCAAACAGCUGGUGAUGAGGUGUCAACCGUUGGCACACAUCGAUGCAGCUGCAGCAGGAGGCCGGGAAUUUCUCAGCGAAUACGUAGUGAGGUAUAGUGAGCGUAGUGAACGCACAAGAAGAGCCGCCAGCACUGGUCGAGCAAGAGCCCUGGAGGAUUCCAACGAGACUGGGGAACAAGACAACGCCUCCUCGGCCAUUCCUGAACUAUCGCAACUGGCCGAAGCUGCUGAUCCAGAAGCCAUGUUUUUGCGUAACACCUCCACGGCCUCUUCCGCCCAGCCUGCACCCGCGGAAGUCGCCUCGGCAAUUCAAUUACUAUGGGGACAAGACACUGGCAUAGCUCAAUGCUAUGCUCGUGCCAACGAGUUCCAACUAGAGGGCAGUGCUGCCUACUAUUUUGCCCAUGCGCUGGAUUUUGCCCAGCCAGAUUACGCAUGUACAGACCAGGAUAUCCUACAAGGCCGUGUCAAGACCACCGGCAUCACCGAGACUGAGUUCCAUGUAGGUGGAGCCAAAUUGCGUGUCUUGGAUGCCGGUGGUCAGAGGUCAGAAAGACGCAAAUGGAUCCACUGUUUCCAAGACAUCACGGCAGUAUGUUUUGUGGCAGCAGCAAGCGAAUACGACCAGGCCUUGUUUGAAGAUGCCCGUGUCAACCGGAUGCGUGAGAGUGUGAUGCUUUUUGAGACGCUGGUGAAUUCGAAAUGGUUCCGGGACACACCGUUUAUCUUGUUUCUGAACAAGACGGACCUGUUUGCACAGAAGAUAGCCAGAAGUCCACUACGAGCCCAUUUCCCGGAAUACACAGGUCGUGUGGGCGACGUGGAGGCAGGCCUUGCGUUUCUGGAGAGCAAGUUUGUGUCGUUGGCCAGGGGGACACGUGCAGUGUAUGUGCGGCGCACGUGUGCCACGGACCGGGAGACGAUGCGGUUUGUGCUGGGGGCUGUGACGGAUAUGGUUGUGCAGCAGAAUUUGAAGCGGAGUGGGUUGCUGUAG